AUGAAUCUGGAUCAGCAAGUUUGAAUUCCAUCACAGCAGCUGAGAAGUGAGUGCUGAGGUAAUUAAUUAAAUGUGAAUUUUAAAGGAGUUUUAGUAAUUGUUUCUGCUAAACUAUGAGUUUUUUUUGUCAAACUCUUCAACAGAAAGUAACCUUGCACAUUGGCAGAAUCUGCCUGUGAAUCAUGAUCUGGCAAAUGUAUAUAUUUUUUCUUUUAUUAGAUAAUACUUUCCUCCCUUCUCAAAAUGCAUCAAUAGCAGCCUGCAAACAGGCCAUCUGCUCACUCUUGUGGUUUAAAAGUAAGCAACGCAGCAUUGGAGAGAAAGAAAAAAAUUACUCAGAUUGUGCUGUUGCUAUAGUGUGGUUGAUGUUUUACUGUCAAGUGUUUUAUAUUGUACAGGAUUUUUAAUUGGCUUUUAUCUUUGAACAACUGGCUGGCAGACAUAAUUUCAAGGUAACAUUUGUAAAAGACAGAUUAAUACAAGAAUAUUCCUGAGGGCAUUAUAUUGAGCUCAUCUUGCCACCUUCACUCUGCACCAAUGAAUUUUCUGGAAUGAAUUAUUUGGUUCACAUGUAAGAUUUAAUGGCUAAAUCUGGCUUGUUGAAGUGCCUUACGUCAACUAGUUUGAAUUAUAUUAGCAUCUGCAUAACCUUUCAUCCUGUCCAACACAUUAGAAGAUGUACAAAUUGAAUUUUCUUUGCCAGUAGUCAAAAAAAUGUUUUGAACUGAUUAUUAAUCUUAGAAUCUUAGUAGGAUUGAUAUUUAAAUGUUGAGAAUAUAAAUACUUAGUACAUUCUAUUUACUUAUCAAUUUAAUAAAUUAAAAGCAAUUCUGUAUCAACUGCAGGCAGAUCAAAAUUUGCAGUAGAAAUAAAUGUCUAAGGUGUAAAUUGAGAUGAAAGGUUUAAGAUCCGUGGGCAGUUGGCCAUGAUACAGAACGAGUAGGUUGAAGUUCUGUUAUUUUAAUUUCGCUUGAGUUCCAAAUCUUUGCGCCAAAUAGAAUUAACUCUUUUCUUUGGCUUCCUAGAACCAUAGAACAUUACAGCACAGAAACAGGCCUUUUGGCCCUUCUUGGCUGUGCCGAACCAUUUUUUUUGCCUAGUCCCACUGACCUGCACCUGGGCCAUAUCCCUCCAAACCCCUCUCAUCCAUAUACCUAUCCAAGUUUUUCUUAAAUGUCAAAAGUGAGCACGCAUUCACCACUUCAUCUGGCAGCUCAUUCCACAUUCCCACCACUCUGUGUGAAGAAGCCCCCACCCCAAUGUUCCCUUUAAACUUUUCCCCCUUCACCCUUAACCCAUGACCUCUGAGUUUUUUUCUCCCCUGGCUUCAGUGGAAAAAGCCUGCUUGCAUUCACUCUAUCUAUACCCAUCAUAAUUUUAUACACCUCUAUCAGAUCACCCCUCAUUCUCCUAUGCUUCAGGGAAUAAAGUCCUAACCUAUUCAACCUUUCUUUGUAACUCAGUUUCUCAAGUCCCGGCAACACUCUUUCAACCUUAUUAAUAUCCUUCCUGUAAUUCGGUGACCAAAACUGCACACAAUACUCCAAGUUCGGUCUCACCAAUGUCUUAUACAACCUCACCUUAUACAUUCCUCUGGGAGAAUGUUUUAGCUAAGAACUCUAAGUAAUGAACUUGAGUUGUUAUCCUUUCCUCAUAAUACCUUUGUUCCAAGUUAAAUCCUCUGUUCACAGGUUUUCUGUUUACUGAAUUUGAAAUUGUAUCUGAUCUAAGUUUUAAAUCUGACCAAUAUCAUAUUAACUUUUCUCAAUCCCCAUAAUUUUGGGAAAAAGAGGUCACCAUUUUAACUUGGCAAUUGUAUGUAAUAAAUGGUAAUAAAAUAUAAUAUAAUUUAUUAUAUGGAUCACUGCUAGAAUAAUCAAGAAUAGAAGACAAUAUAUGACACAACCAACUUUAUUUAAACCCCAAAGACAAAUCCUUAAUAAAUAGUUUAUUGCUGAAAGUGUUCUAAUUAAAUAACUAACACAGUAAUACAUUUAGUUUACAACUGUCUGCAUUAAAACCUUAAGAAGAAAUCUCAGUUGAAUUGUCUUUCUUGAACACUAUAGUUAUCAGAAUACAUCAAUAUCUGUAAGCUAAUUCUGUGUCUGAGGGCCAUUUUAGUGCGAAAUAACAUGACAACAAAGUUUUAGUUGUGUAGAUGGAGAUCUUUUCACAAUGAAUUUUGUUCCUAUUUCAGUUCUGCCUUUUUAUUUCAAGCUGUCACUGCAGUGACUCGUAAUGCAUUGUCAUCCAAGUUUGCUCCAAAUGAAAGAGUGUGGUGAUUAUGGUGACUGAUUGAAACUUUCCUCUGACAGCUGCAGUUAUCUUUACAUUUUUGCCAGUACUUCAACAGUGCAAAGAUAGCGUUCCUUGCAUAUUUCGGGAUUGUUGGUAAAGGAGCGGUUGUUUUAUGGCAGAAGAGUUGAAAACUUAAAUUUAAAUCUUAAAAAAGCUCAAGUCUGUUACAGUAACCAUGAAACUGCACAGCUGUUGUGAAGCCAUUCUGAUUCACUCAUAUCUGCCAGAGUAAGAAAUCUGUCGUUCUUACUCAGCCUAGUCUAUAUUUGGGGAUAGUGAAUAUGUUCUGAUAUUGCCAGUGAUGGGAAAAAUAUAGAAAAUCCUCUAAUCAAUAUUUAAAGAUGUUCAUAUAUGAUGAUCCCAUGUAACACAUCUGAGAACAGUUCUCCACCUCUAACAUUAGCUGGCAUUCCUUGUUUGCAAGUAUAUUUCAUUAAAUGUUUGGUAUUUGCUACCGUUACCCUAUAAUGACAGAAAUUUCCUGGGUCCUGAAUCUUUAUUUCUGAGGAAAAGGUAAUAAAUGUUCCUCACAUUAUAAAAUACUUUGACUUAAAAUGAGUUAUAAUGGAUUACACCAGAUAUACGGUGUAGAUAUUAGUUUAAUAUUGUCACAUGUACCAAGACUAGUGAAAAGUUGGUAUUGCAAACUGUUUGUGCAGAUCAAAUCUGCAUAAACUGCAUUGAGGUAGAAUGAGGUAAAACAGUUAACAAUGCAGAACAAAGAUAUAGAGAAGGUGCAGUUCAGGUAAAUAAUGAAGUGCAAGAUUAUAAUAAGGCAGAUUGUGUGAUCAAAAGUCCACCUUAUCGUACAACAGGCCUAUUCAAGAGACUGAUAACAGUGGGAUAGAAGUUGUCCUUGAGCCUGGUAGUACAUGCUUUCAGGCUUUUGUAUAUUGUUUGAUGGGAGCGGAGAAAUGUGUGAUUCAACCUCAUGUGUCCAUGCCAUUAUACUGAAGUUUGCUUGGGUAUGUUAUGACCUUCUGAAUUCCAUAUUGGCUUCAACAACUUCAGGUAACUACUUCCUCUGUUUCCAUUAGAAGGGGACAUUUUAAAAUAUGCCUUCUUGGACAGUAUGAGAAUGGCUCAGUUUUCCUCCACAUUCACACAGCCUGACUUCAUUUCACAUAACUUAGCCUGUGCACGCAUACUCACACCUACCCUCACGUCAUUGCUUUGAUGAAUGUUCCCUCUGACUAUCCUAGGUGCAGGUGACAUUUGCAAUUUAUCCUCCGAGUAGCCCUGACAUAAUAAUAGUAAGUAUUUAUCCUGAGUGGAAAAUUCUUUCAUUACAGCGGCAACAUUUAAAAACACUCAGCAAUGUGCAGGCUUGACUAAUUAUAAAAAUAUGCACAAUAAUAAUUUACCAAUGCGCAACGUACAAAAUAAUAAAAGAGACUAUUGUACUAUGAUUUGUGUUCUCCUGUGUUUCUGGAGAACUUGCAGACAGGGAAAGCCAGCUAACGUUAGAGGUGCAGAACUGUUCUUGGAUGUGUUGCAUGGCAUCAUUAUAUAUGAACACCAGGACAUCUUUAAAUAUUGUUUAGAGGAUUUUCUAUACUUUUCCCCAUCACUGGCAAUAUAAGAAUAUAUUCUCUACCCCCAAAUGGAACACACAAAGCAGUUAAAAGCAUUUGGAUGGGUCUGGAUGCAGAUGCACACCAGGCUGAGUAAAGAUGAGAUUUCUUAUUUUGACAGUGAAUCAGAAUGGCUGCACAACAGCCUCGUCGUUUCAUGGUUACUGUAACAGAGUCAAGCUUUUUAAAUUUUUAUCACAUCACCUUAUCACAGAUGCUUCCUUUGUUCUGGUCAUCCUUUCCACAUCCUCUCUGCAACUUAAUACUAAUUUGUUUUUUUACUUUCCCAGUUCUGAUGAAGCCUGACCUGAAAUGUUAACUAUUUCUCUUUCCACUGAUACUAUCUGGCCUGCUGAAACAUCACAAGUGCUGAAUAUUAUAGUUAUUCAUUUAAUGGAGCUAGUUAUGAAAAACAAUAUUCUAAAAUGAUGAGAAUGAAUGUUAAUUCAGAAAUUAAAAUCACACUAGAACAAAACCUAUUUUAAAAAGGAAUGGACUGGAAUAGUUAUAAUGAACAAAACUAUUAUUUUUAAAUUUCAAAAGUGAAAAGAGAACAAAUUGGUGUCAUUCAGAAAGUAAAUGAAUUGCUGUUCUAGUCCAUAAAAUGACUAACAAAUGUUUUACAGAUGACAUGCAGAUGGAUUUUAAUUCCUUUGAAAAGAAUCUGAAACAAAGCUACAUGUAAGAAUGGUGCAACAAUUCCCUCAAAACUUUAGCAUCCCUAUAUAUUUCCCUUAGUUUUUCAUACCCUGCUAAUAACUGUGCAUUAUGCAAAACUGAUCUGAUUGACAUUCUGAUACAAAUAUUACUGAGAUGUAAUACCUGUGCAGCUGGAUGCACCAUACAAAAGUAGUGUGUUCAAACUAUUGAAGUGAUAUGUUGUGACUUUAUAACCACAGGCUUCUACAUGGUGAUGAGCUUGGAAAAGCCCAGUUGUUUCAUUAAAGAGUUUCAUUUCAUCUUGAAGUAGAAGCUAUAAUCAGUAAAGAACAAAACUAAUUUGCCCUGAGCAAAAAGUGAAAAAAAUUAAUGAUUGUAGAAAUAUAAACAGGCAAAGUCAACAAUGUGGUGCUGGCUCCAAAAGCCUUGGCUGAUCUUUCCUUCAAGUUACAGCAUCAACUGUUUCUACAUUUCUAUUUAUAGUAGAAUAGAGUUGAUGAUUCAGCCUUGGAAAUUCCAUGGAUUCUCUAAUUCUACAGGGAAUGAAGCAGAGUAUAUACUGUACCUAUUCUGGCCUAAUGUAAUUCUAAUCGCAUACCAACACCAUGAACUCUUAAGUGUUCUCUAAAAAAAUUAUAUUGAGGCAGUCAUUUGUAUUAUACUGAGCUACUAGGGAUGGAAAAUAGAUGUUGAUUUGCCCUCCCCAACAUGAGAUACCUUCACAGUAGGGCUGCAGUGGUUCCAGAAGGCUGUUCCUUACCAUCUUCUCAAGGCUUAUUGGGAAUCCAGAAUAAAUUUACAGAAGAAACACUCAGGAGGGAUGUGUGGAGACAUGUUUAUAUCUAGCAUGUCGUGACCUAGUAUUUGCUGCUUUCUCUCUCUCUUUUUCUAACCUCAUCAUCCCUUCCCUCCCAAAUUCUGCCUAUCCAUUCCUGCUCCAUCUUUCUCUCUUCCUUCUCCUCUCCCAUUAAUAAUUAAGGAACUGAUGUUUUAAUUAAAUUAUAUAUUUUUUCCAGCUGCAUCUAAUUUCCACUUUUGCUGGUAGCAGAUAAAUAACUGCAUCGAAGGUACAGUAUUUAUGAAUCAUUAAAGAUUGUGAUUAGUGUUGUAGCAAAUACAGAUGUACAAAUUGUUCAACCAACACACACAAAAUGCUGGUGGAACACAGUGGAGGUCAGGCAGCAUCUAUAGAGAGAAGCACUAUCGACGUUUCGGACCAAGCCCCUUCGUCAGGACUAACUGAAAGGAAAGAUAGUAAGAGAUUUGAGGGGGGGGGGGAAUGCAAAAUGAUAAGAAAAGACCGGAGGGGGUGGGGUGAAGCUGAGAGCCGGAAAGGUGAUUGGCAAAAGGGAUACAGAGUUGGAGAAGGGAAAGGAUCAUUGGACAGGAGGCCUAGGGAGAAAGAAAGGGGGAGGGGGGAGCACCAGAGGGAGAUGGAGAACAGGCAGGGUGUUGGGCAGAGAGAGAAAGAAAAAAAGAGGAGGGGUGUUAAAAUAAGACUGAGUCAUACUGCAUACCAAUGUUUCAACCUCUUUGUGAGAGCUGCUAGAACACAGAAUUCAAUUGUGAACAUCAUAAAACAGCAUUGUUGGGUUCCUUGUGUAUCAACAAUGAAAUAGACAAUGUCAGUUCCAUUUGUAUGGACAGGCUGCAAAUUCUCACAGUUCUCAUGGUAUCGCAGAGCAAUUGUAAUCCAUCCAGCUCUUAAAGGGACAUGAAUCAAAGAGACUUAAAGCUCUUAAAUAGUACAUGAUAGGGAGGGAGAGGGAAACGGGAAAUGGUUAGGAUGGGAAGAGGAAGGGGAGAGGGAGUGAGGGAUAGAGGAAGUCAAUGUUGAACAGAAGGGACAAUGAAGUAAAACGAGGAGAAAGGAGGCCACAAAUUCUAAUUCAUCACCAUAUGCUAUGUAUAAAUGUGCAAAUGUAUAUAUUUUAAACAUGAGAAAGACACAAUGCUGGAAGAACUGAGCAGGCCAGGCAGCUAUAAAGGAAAAAAAGAGCCGAUGUUUUGGGCCAAGACGCUUCAUCGGUUCCUCUCCAUAGAUGCUGCCUGUCCUUCUGAGUUCCUUCAACAUCUUAUGUGACCUGUAUGUUUUGUUUUGUUAACUUUAUUGCUGAUCAUCAAUUACCCUUGAGAAGAUAUUGGUUAGCCACCUGUUUGAACAAUUGCUGUCGUUCUUCCUAAGGUCCCCCAACACUGCUGUGUGGAUGGCAUUCCAGUGGUGAUAAAGAAUUAAUAUAUUUCCUAGUAAGAAUGGUACAUUUGGGAGGGUAACGCCCAGGAAGAGAUGUCCAUACGCCUGUGGCCCUUGUCCUUGAUGGUGGUAAAAGUUUUUGGUUCGGAAGGUGCUGCUGCAGUAGACUGGGUGAAUAUUUUUUCAAGGAUACUCACCAAUACCAUUAUCCCACAGUGAUGAAGGGAAUGACUAUUCUGCAUGAUUGACGAAGUGCCAUCAAACAGACUCAAAGUUCAAAACAAGUUAAUUAUUGAAGUACAGAUACGGCACCCUGAGAUUCAUUUUCUUGUGGGCAUACUCAAUAAAUCUAUAAUAGAAUAAUAACCAUAAUCGAACCAAAGAAUGACUACACCAACUUGGGCAUUCAGCCAGUGUACAAAAGACACAAACUGCAAAUACAUACAUAAAUAAAUAAAUAAGCAAUAAAUAUCAAGAACGUGAGAUGAUGAGGCCUUGAAAUUGAGUCUUCAGGUCUUGGAACAUUUCAAGAGGCCACACUCAGGUUGAAGGAGCAAACCUUCAUUCCAUCUGGGUACUCUUCAACUUGAUGGCAGUGAUCACCAAUGUCUCUAACUUUCACUAUAGAAGCUGGUCAGUUUUAGAUGUCUUGCUGAAUCCUCAUAAACUCUCAAGGAACUGGAGGGAUUGCCUUUAUUUCUUUGUAAUAUUAUUUACUAACUAGGCCAGGACAGCUCCUACAAACUAACACCACCAAGGAAUUUUAAAUUCCACCACCCAUUCUCCGAUGAGGACUGGCUCAAGGACCUCUGGUUUCCUUCUCCUGAAGUCAAUAAUCAGCUCCUUGGUCUUGCUGACAUUAAGAGGUUGUUUUUAUGGCACCACUAUGUUAAAUGUUCUAUCUCCCUCCUAUCUGCUCUCUUAAUGGCAAGGGAAAAGUAUUCCAUCACUCUGUCAUGUCUGUUGAAAAGGUGGCAACACCAUGAGAAAUCAUGAGAUAAAUCACUUAAUACAACAUACCCCCUCCGACCUGCUCUUUUCGAUACCAUGUACGUACCUGAUCAAGCUGAGGUUCUGCUCAGUGGAGAUGCUCAUGAUAUUGAUGGAAGAGUUCUUGGUAAAAAUGACUCAUUGAAUAUCAAGUUAGGAAAUCAAUUCUAUCACAUUCUUAUCUCAUCUCUAGUAAGGUGAAAUGGCUCCAAGAAUCUGCUAUGCAAAAUUAAGCUAUGCUCUUCAAAGAUCUUUCUUGUCUGUGUUGUUUGCAAUCUAUCUUUGCUGGGACAUUAUGUUGACCUUUGCUUUACCACAUCUUCCACAGUCUCAAGUCUGACUGGCAUCUACCUGACAAUGUACAAAAUUGCUCAGGUAGGCACAGGUUACUCCAGGAAUUUCUCAAAGCAGUGCCCUAGCCAUAACAAAUUACUAUCAAAAUCAGGUUUAUUAUCACUUGCAGAUCUUCUGAAAUUGUUUUUGGUGGCAUCAGUAUCAUGCAAGACAUAAAAAAUUAUUUUAAGUUAUAAAAAAAAAGUGCAAAAGAGGACUAGUGAGGUAGUGUUCAUGGAUUAAUGGGCUGUUCAGAGGGGUAGAAACUGUUGAGUGUAUGUUACUCAUCCCUGAUGGUAAUAAUGGGCAGAGGGCAUACCCUGGAUGGUAUUGUUCUUAAAGAUGGAUGCCAUCUCUUGAAGCAGCGCCACUUGAAAUGUCCUUGAUGGGUUUUGCCCAUGAUAGAGCUGAGUUUAGGACUCAAGCCACCAUAUUCAGGAACUUCUACUUCCCGUCAACUAUUUGUCAACUGGCAAUAAAACUUCGUCCAAAUCUCUAAAAACAAAACUGUUAAAUGAACUCGCGACCCCAAAUGUGGGCAAUCCUUUCCCUCCCCAGAUGCUGCUCGAUCCACCCAGUUGCUCCGGCGGUUUUUGCUCCAUAUUGCUGCAUCUGCAGCCUCACACAUCUCUCAAAAUAAAGACCACCCCCAUACCAUUCGCUCUUGCUGCGUUGGUGUGUUGGCGUUCAGUAAUUGAAAAAGCUGCUCUCAUUCAUUCCCCUCUGAAUAGAGAUGCAAGCCCUCCUCCUGCAAGGCAGAAACUCUUCGGACAAUGUGAUGAGGCGGCUGCGAAAAGCCCUUGCGUCUAUUUGUGGUUGUCUCAGCACACACAAAACGCUGGGGGAUCUCAGCGGGUCAGGCAGCAUCGGUGGAAGUGAAUAAACAGUCCAUUUUUCGGGCCGAGACAUUUCAUAAAGGCUGUUGUCUGGGUGGUUUGUAUUUGUCGCUGUCAUGGGACGGGAAAAGACGGGCGUCUGUCUCCCCAGGCAAUAAUUCCCAUCAGCCGUGCAUCUGCGAGUUCUCCGGACAAAUCCAGGUGGUUGGAGGCGCCGCUCGCUAGAGCCCCAGGUGGCGCUGUAGCGGCGCUGUUGGAGGAGUCCUCCUCGGGGCCGCCGGCCGGUGGAGCGGCGCUGUUGGAGGAGUCCUCGGGGCCGCCGGCCGGUGGAGCGGCGCUGUUGGAGGAGUCCUCCUCGGGGCCGCCGGCCGGUGGAGCGGCGCUGUUGGAGGAGUCCUCCUCGGGGCCGCCGGCCGGUGGAGCGGCGCUGUUGGAGGAGUCCUCCUCGGGGCCGCCGGCCGGUGGAGCGGCGCUGUUGGAGGAGUCCUCCUCGGGGACCGGCUGCUGACCGCCGCCGGGAAUGCGCGAACGGCUGACUGGGAGCGAGCUGGUGUGUUGGUUGGGGAAGUGACCUUGGGGAUUACAAAGUCCGGUGCCCAGGUACUUUACAAGUCCGUCAGCUCGUCUCCCUGGAGACGGAGGGGCUCUGUGGUUGCCCCGCUGCUUUGAUCGUGAGGGAAACACCGUUCACCACGCUGACGUUUGGCGUCGUGCCCGCCCCGCAGUUCGGCUCCACCGCACACCGGGACCUUGAACGGUGCCCGUAGCCUUCCAGGCGUCGUCAUGUCGAGGAUGGUGACCGUGCUGUCCCUCUGCUGGACUUGCCUGCUCUUCUGCGCCGGCCUCGGGCUCUUCCUCAGCGGCUUCAUGCUGGUUCGGCUGGAGCUCCGCGGCCGCAGCUUGUGUCAGGACGCACGGUUCUCCGGUGCGGCGUCCUCCGCUCGGGCUUCAAACUCCUGCUGGAUGCCGAGGCGCUUUGCCAAAGCCGUCGUGCUCGUCAUAGAUGCUCUGAGGUUUGACUUUGCCAAGUACGACCCAGGAAACAAGAAUCCCAAACCGUACGAGAAUAAGCUCGAGGUGAUCCACCAGACUGUUGCUUCUAAACCCCAGCAUGCUAGACUUUUCAAGUUCAGAGCUGAUCCGCCCACAACAACAAUGCAGAGGAUUAAAGGGAUGACCACUGGUACUUUACCAACCUUCAUAGAUGUCGGCAGCAACUUUGCAUCUCCGGCAAUCGAGGAAGAUAAUUUGAUUCAACAAUUUGUGCAAAAUGAGAAAAAAGUGAUAUUCAUGGGAGAUGACACUUGGGAAGGACUGUUUCCAAAUAAGUUUUACAGAUCAUUCCCCUUUACUUCAUUCAAUGUGAGAGACCUUCAUACAGUGGAUGAUGGUAUUCUUCAACAUAUUUUCACAACAGUGGAAACUGGCGAAUGGGAUGUACUCAUAGCACACUUUCUAGGAGUUGACCACUGUGGGCAUAGAUAUGGGCCUCACCACCCAAUGAUGGCUGAAAAACUCAAUCAGAUGAACCAGAUGCUGAGGUCAUUAAUUGCAAAACUUCAAAAUGAUACCUUGCUGGUGGUUAUGGGAGAUCAUGGGAUGACGGAAACAGGAGAUCAUGGAGGUGACAGUGAAGGCGAAGUUGAUGCAGCUUUGUUUGUUUAUAGUCCGUUUCCCAUGUUUGAGGAAAAUGCUGUUGAAGACCCAGAGGUCGUCUCUCAGAUAGAUCUUGUACCAACCUUAGCUCUUCUACUUGGCAUUCCUAUUCCAUACAGUAAUAUUGGCAUGGUGAUUGUGGACAUGUUUACAUCUUUGCCAAACCUGACUGAUAAUCAUGAUCUUGAACAAGCAAAGGCACUUCGCUUCAAUGCCAUACAGGUGAAUCAAUUUUUGGAAGCCUACUCUCAAGUUGCCAAGGAUCUCCCCAAGGAAAAGCUGAGUUACCUGUCGCAAUUGUUUUCCACUGCAAUAUCUGAGUAUGAUGCUCUGAUUACAAGCCAAAAGGUUUCUGAAAAAAAUAUUCCUAACCAAGAUCACCAUGCAAGGAUGCAAAAUCUGGUAAUAACAUUGCAGCGUUACUUGAAGGAGACCAAGGAAACAUGUCAAGAAACAUGGGCCCGAUUCAACCCUGCGCACAUGCUGUGUGGUAUUCUGCUUCUUGCAGCAUCUUGUGUACAUUGUUUUUUGGUAUCUGAAAGUGUAUCAACUUUUGAAUCAUUAUACAGAGCACUUCUUAUCUAUCCAAUUAUCUGGGGCCUGUCUUCAGGGUUAAUGGUCAAUAUCUGCAUGCUGAUAUCUGGCAUUAGGUUGGAGCCUCUAAUAGCAUGUUGUUGGGUAGCUGUUGGGUCACAUUUGGGCUUCCAUUGGUAUUUUUGGAGAUCUAAGUACAUUGAUGAUCAAGGUACAAACAAAUUAUCCCAAUGCUUCAGUGCUGGCUUUAAAGGGAAGUGGCAAAGUUUGUGGAAGUUCUUUGUACCUUUGGGAAUGCUGCUGUUACGGUGUGGAGCGAUGUUUUCCAAUAGCUUUGUAAUAAGUGAAGGACAAGUGGUAUCUUUCCUUUUGAAAUCUCUUGUGACUUUUACUGUCAUAAAACUAAAGUGGGAUGGUAAAUUUAAUAAUUAUAGUUUAAAUGUGCCAGAUAUACAUAGGAACCCUAGUUUAAUUACAUAUAAAAGAGAAACUGUUUACCUCAUUGGAUUACUGGUGACCUUUUUGCUGUGUGUUCUGUUCUCUAAUAACUUUUAUAAUUGCCGUGAAGAACUUGUGAACUGUGUGCCCUCUUCCUUCCUCAAACCUUUGUCAAGUUUAAACACCAGGCAAGAAAGGAACCUCCAUUAUAUCUUGUCAGUGUCAUCACUUGCACUCUUGAUCUACCUCGUACGAAAAUGGUUCCUUCAUUACGGAAACCUCAACAGCUCACACUUGAUUGUGUUUUUUGUACGUUUGGGCUUCCCAUUUAUUGUAUUUUGCCUAUGCUGUUUCUGGGCUGUAAAUGCUGCUCCAGAAGAAACUUCCAUUAAACUUCAAGAUCUAAAAAAGAAGAUAAUAAUAUUUCUGCCAGGAAUUGUUGCUAGCCUAAUAAUAACAGGCUUCUUUAUUGUGCUAUGGAAUCCAAUCACUGUAUUUGUGAAAGACAACAAACAGUCUGAUGAAACUCUUAUUCCUUCUUACAAAGAUUCUGCUGAAAUGAAAACUGAUUCCCUACAUGUAAUCCCACUGAUAUACCGUAAGAUCCAGCAAUCAAUGAAAAUGCAUUUUUAUGGUGAUCAGAAUGAGUCUCAGGCAGUAUCUGCUUAUGGCCUUGGAACUGUGUAUUCUGCAGCACUCCUCGUUAUUAUUGUUCUUUUAACAUUUUUGCUUAUUCUGCUGCAUAAUGAGAGAAUGUCACUGGCUUUCCUGCUGCUGUUUUUGGAAGGAUUUACUUUCCUGGAGAUACAUGGUACAGCAAGGAACCUGUCAUUACAGUCUGACAACAUAGGCUAUUUUACAGUCCCGUGGUCUGCAGUUACAGCCUGGGUUUUCACAGCUACACAGUUCUUUUAUGCUACUGGGCAUCAGCCAACUUUCCCGACUAUCCAGUGGAAUGCAGCCUUUGUCGGGUUCACUGAAGGGCACAGCUCCAAUGUGCUGCCAGCAAUAUUGGUUGGGAUGAAUACAUUUGCUUCUCAUAUUCUUUUUGCAGAUAGUGGGAUGCCCCUUGUUACUGCUUUGGCCAUUUAUCCGUGAAGUGAAAAACGCUAAAAGCAAGAUCGCCAGGAAGGAAUGUGGAGAGGAGGAGCUGAUGAUGGAGAUGAGAUUGCGAGAAAAUCCUCAGAUGUUUUCUAUAGCCAUGUUGCAACUGGGAAUGAGAUACUUGUUUGCCU